UCCGCCGCACAUCCAUUAUAGCAAUCUUCUACUACAGCCAUGGCUCUCCGUCAAUGAGAGACAACAGGAAACCACGGUGGAAAUCACACCUUCUUCAUCUCAAUAAACAUACUUUACGCAUCCCCUCCACUGCCCUUCCAGACAUACUUCCGUCAUCUUGACUCUCUUCUUCUUUUCCUCUCUUCCACCGUCUCUCCUCCUCCAAACCUUGAUCUGUGUCAUGGCAGAAUUGUUUAUUGACCCAAUCAUGGAUAAGAUCUUCAAAGCUUGCUCUGUUUACCUUCAAGAUCAAUAUAGAUGGCAGACGGGCAUGAAGAAGGAGCUCGAAAGGCUGCAACAAAACUACCCCAAGGUCCAAGCUGUCGUCUCUGCUUCCACCCAAGCACAGAUCAGAGAUCGAAACCCAGCACUCAACAGCUGGAUCUGGCAGCUACGAGAUGCUAUCGAUGAGGCAGAUGAUGUUCUGGAUGACUUUGAGUACGAGAAGCUUGAAGAACGGCUUACCAGAAACAAGAAGCAGCAAAAGGUACGUUCCGCCAUGAGCUCUUUAAAGAAAAUUGGCAAACGUGCUCUCAAGACGGAUCCCAAUUUGAAGAGACUGGAGAAGGUUGUGAAGAAACUUGAUAAAGUUUCAGCUGAGGUCAGUACUUUCCUUCAUCUCAUCGAAAACGCAAAGCAGGAGCAGCAGGAGCUGGAGCUUCAGUUGUGCAAAGAUCGUGAAACAGGAUGCUUGCCUAAAAAUGAUCUCAUCGGUCGAGGCGAGGAGAAGGAUUUUGUGAUGCAGUGGUUGAGGAAGUCAACAAAUGAAGAUCCAACUCAUAUUGCCAGCCCUACUCUGUACAAAAACAUUUCUCUUCUAUCCAUAGUGGGUCAUGGUGGCAUGGGCAAGACAACUCUCUUACAACACAUCUAUGAAGAUCUGAAAGAAGAAUUUGAACUGAAAAUGUGGGUUUGUGUUUCCAACGACUUUGAUGCAAAAAAGGUGAUUGCUGAUAUGUUGGAAUGUCUUAACAAGGAGAGGCCUCGUUUGGAGUCACUCGCUGCUGUUCAAGAGAGUCUUAAAGCUGUCGUGCAAUCUAAAAUGUUCUUGCUUGUUCUGGAUGAUAUUUGGGAGGAAGAUAUGAGCAAAUGGGAGAAUGUGCUCUCCCCUCUGACUCGUGGAAGUUUCGGAAGUAAGAUUUUGAUAACGACUCGAAUGGAUGCAGUUGCAUCAACGAUUGCAAAAGUUAUUAAAAUGAAGAUCGAAAUAUUGAGAAUAAAGGGCUUGGAGGAAGAUGUGUGUUUGAAGCUACUAAACUCUCAUGCAUUUGCCGGUGUAGAGAACCUUGGUGCUCAUAAAAAAUUAACAGACAUUGCUAGUUCGAUAGUUAAAAAGCUUUCAGGCUCUCCAUUGGCCGCAAAGGUCAUUGGUGGUGUUCUCAAUUCUAACUUGAAUGAGAGCUUUUGGAUGAAAAUUUUAGAAAGUAAUGUUCUAAACAUAGAACCAGAACCGGGUUGCAAUAGCAUUUUGCCUAUCUUAAAUUUGAGUUUUACGUUCCUCCCACAACCUCUACAAAAUUGUUUUGCAUUUUGUGGCGUAUUUCCACAAGAUCAUGAGUUUGAUAAAGAUGAUUUAGUCCGAAUGUGGAUUGCAUUGGGUUUCAUUCAGGAUUCUUCUAUUGAAGGGGAGACUUUGGAAGAUAUUGGAGGAAGGUAUUUUAAUAUUUUGGUCAGAAAAUCUUUCUUUGAUGAGUUUCACCAUUAUACAAUAACAGACUAUAAGAUGCAUGAUUUACUACAUGAUUUGGCACAGUCUAUUUCUUCUGAAGAAUGUUUCAGAUUUGUGGGAGAUGAUGUUUUAUCUUUUAAAGUUUCUAAAAAUAUUCGACACUUAUUUGUUAAAACUGAAAAUCCAGAAGUGGUGAGAAUGAUCAAAGAUGUUAAAAAUCUACAUUCGCUUUUUUUUACAGCCAUUGGUCAAGAUUUUACUGAAAUACUUACUGAAAUUUUUGAAGCAUCCAGAAGGAUUCGUUUGUUGUUCAUAUACUCUCCAUGGCAGAAAAAGAUUUCUGAGGCUAUUAAAAAUUUGAGACAUCUUCGAUAUUUGAAUCUUACUGCACAUCUCACUCAUAUGCCAAGAUCUCUCAGCAGUCUUUAUCAUUUGCGGUUCAUAAUCUAUGACGAGUUAUGGUGGCCAUCUUGUUCUGAUGAUUUAUUGCCUGGCAAUGUGAGUAAUCUUUCUAAUCUGCGUUACUUGGAAGUGCCCCCGAAUGUAUAUUCUAGUCUACCUGGAUAUGGUAAAUUAAGGUCACUUCAAGAACUAAAUGGGUUUAAUGUUAAGAAUGAGAAUGGUUAUAGAAUUGGGGAGUUGGAACAUAUGAGGGAGUUGCGCAAAUUAAAAAUACAUUUUCUGAAGAAUGUGAAGGAUGCUAUGGAGGCUCGCAAUGCAAAAUUAUUUGAGAAGAGAAAACUCACAGAUUUAUACUUGAAUUGGGACAAUACCGUUGAUGAAGGGAAGAUUGUCAAUUCUGACUUAGAUGUGCAUGUGCUUGAAAAUCUUGAACCAUACAAAAAUUUGAAAAGAUUGUCCAUAGUUUCAUAUGAGGGUGCAAGAUCUGCAAAAUGGAUGCACAAUGCCGAUUUGAUCUCCAAUCUAGAGUACAUCCGUCUGGACGAAUGUUCGGAGUGGGAAACUCUUCCUCCUUUUGGGCUGCUUCCCCACCUCAAGUCACUGUAUCUUCGUAAUAUGCCAAAAGCAAAGCGGCUUGACCAUAAAUUCCAUGGAAAUGACAAGGUUUCUGUGUUUCCAUCGUUGGAGGUGCUACAUAUGGAGGGAUUACAAGUAUUGGAGGAUUGGUUUGAUGGAGCAGGAGCAGCAGCAUAUUUCCUUGCUUAA